UUUUCUUAAUCGUACGCUUUUUCCUUAAAAAUUAUUACAUUGCUAAUUUUUCAACGAGAUUUUAAAUUUAUUGUGACUAUAUAUUUUUUUUUUGUUUUGCUAUUUGCUAUUUUAAUUAUUAGUUUUUGUUAUUUAUUCGAAAUUAGAAAUGAUAAUCUUUACUUUUCGAAAAACUUGGUAAAUUUUACCGAUUUAUUUUAUUCUAGAAAUCGGACAAUUUCAUAUACUUCUCGGACUAUACUAAAAUUUUCGACUUUCAAAAAUGCGUGUUUCACUUUGGACAUGUAUCACAGUAAUUCCAACGUUACUGUUAUAUUUGCAAGUUUGCAAUGUUCAUGGUGUAGCUGUUAUGAGUGUAGAUCUUGGUUCAGAAUGGAUGAAAGUAGCAAUAGUUUCACCUGGAGUGCCAAUGGAAAUCGCAUUGAACAAAGAAUCUAAAAGAAAAACUCCAACAGCUGUAUCUUUUCGCAAUGGUGAAAGAACGUUUGGCGAGGACGCUCUCACUAUCAGUGUACGUUUCCCUGCAAAUUGUUACAUUUACUUUUUAGACUUGCUCGGCAAGCAAAUUGACAAUCCUACUGUAGUACUGUUUAAAAAACGAUUUCCAUAUUACAAUCUUGUGGCUGAUCCAUUACGAAAUACAGUGCUUUUCAAACAUGUUGAAUCAGAUGAAACUUUUUCACCUGAAGAGUUGGUUGCGAUGAUGUUAGAAAAAGCUAGGGAAUUCGCACAGGACAGUGCAGGACAAGCUAUAAAUGAGGCAGUCAUAACAGUUCCUGGUUAUUUUGGUCAAGCUGAACGAUUAGCAAUGUUAAAAGCCGCAGAAAUUGCUAAAAUCAAAGUGUUACAGUUAAUUAACAGUUAUACUGCAGCUGCUUUAAAUUAUGGUAUAUUCCGUACAAAAAGCUUUAAUGAAACAACUCCAAUGUACAUGCUUUUUUACGAUAUGGGUGCCUACAGUACACAAGCGUCAGUCGUUUCGUACCAGUUAGUGAAGACUAAAGACAAGAUAGCUCCUGAACUACACCCUCAACUUACUGUAUUAGGAGUAGGUUACGAACGUAAUUUGGGUGGCUUAGAAAUACAAUUAAGGUUGAGAGAUUACCUGGCGACCAAGUUUAAUUCCCUUAAACUUACAACCAACGACGUUACAAAAAAUGCUCGAUCAAUGGCUAAGUUAUUUAAAGAAUCAGGUCGCGUCAAGAAUGUAUUAAGUGCUAAUACUGAUCAUUUUGCACAAAUUGAAGGUUUGAUUGAUGAAAAAGAUAUGCGUAUCAAAGUAACUCGAGAGGAGCUAGAGGAGUUGUGUAAAGAUUUAUUCGAUAAAGUUACAAUUCCUGCUCAAAGGGCUUUAGAGUCUUCAGGGCUCACUAUUGAUAUUAUUGAACAAGUUAUGUUAGCUGGUGCUGGUACUAGAGUUCCUAAAGUACAAGAUCGUUUGGUUAAAGAUCUAAAAAUUAGUCAGCCUCUCGGCCGAUCUCUAAAUACAGAUGAAGCCGCCUCUUUAGGAGCCGCUUAUAAAGCAGCCGAUCUAAGUAAUGGAUUUAAAGUUAAACCUUUCAUUACCAAAGAUGCUACUCUGUUCCCUAUUCAGGUUACUUUUGACAAAGAAAUUACAGAAGAAGAUAAACCGACAAAACAAGUAAAACGCAUGUUAUUUAAUCAUAUGAACCCGUAUCCUCAAAAGAAAAUUUUAACAUUUAAUAAACAUCAAAAAGAUUUUACCUUUACGGUAGGCUAUGCGGAGUUAAGCCAUUUACCAGAAGAUGAAAUUAAAUCAUUAGGCUCCUUGACACUUAGCACUAUUAAAUUAAAUGGUAUAAAAGAUGCCUUUGCUAAACAUCAAGAAAGUGAAGGAGUAGAUAGUAAGGGUAUUAAAGCUCAUUUUACGUUUGAUGAAAGUGGUUUGUUGGUUCUACAAAACGUAGAAUUAUUAGUAGAAAAAACUGUUACGAGUGAUGACGAAGAACAAUCGACUCUAUCAAAGAUUGGCAACACUAUUAGUAACUUGUUCAAAGGUCCGGAAGAAGUACUUAAAAACGAGAAGCCUGUAAACGAAGCACCCGAAGAAGAAAUACCAACCCCUCCAACACCAGCUAAUUUUACUAUAAAUAGUACAGAGACAUUUGAUAAAGUCAAUAGCACAGAACAAAUCACAUUAAACGAUACUAUCCCUACAACGGAAACCAAAAAAAAUUCUAAAGUUGUAACAGUCAGAGAAACUAUUGGGGCUAGCCAUGAAUAUUUAUUUGUAUAUCCUGCUUCUGGAGAUAUUUUGCAGAACUCAAUAAAUAAAGUAGAUCAGUUGAAGAAAAAAGAUUUGGAAAAAUCACGUAAAGAAACUUCUUUAAAUAACUUGGAAACUGCUAUCAUCGAAGCACGUGAAAAAUUAGAUCAACCAGAGUAUGCCAAUGCUGCAACUUCUGAAGAGGCCCAAACAGUUUAUGAUAAAUGUUCUGAAAUUUCUAAUUGGCUUGAAGAUGAUGGCUUUGGUGCUGCGGCAGAAACAUUGGAUUCAAAGUUAGAUGACUUAGUAAAAGUAGUGCGACCGAUAUGGGAAAGAACUAUUGAACAUACAGAGAGGCCAGCAAAACUUGAAGCUCUUGAUAAAGCUUUAAAUAAUAGUAAAAUGUUUUUGGAAGGAGUACGAAAUACCACUUUAGAAAAUACCCCAUUUACACAAGUAGAAAUUGACACUCUACAAAAAUUAAUAAAUGAUAUUUCUAGUUGGAAGAAUAAACAAGUUGCAGAACAAGAAAAGCUUCCAAAAUCCAGUGAUCCCGUUUUGACAGUUCAAUCAAUUACAUUGAAACAUUCAUCUAUUGAACGAGAGAUGAGAUAUUUAAUGAAUAAAUUUACUUCAUGGAAACCUAAAAAGAAAGAAGAACCUAAAGUCAAAGAUGUAAAGUCUGAUACUGAAAAAUCAGAAACACAAGAUCAAGAUAGCACUAUUAAAACAGAAUCACAAAACAGUGAAAAUGACAAGGUAGAUGAAAGUAAAUCUAUUGUAGAGCCAGAAAUUGAGACUGCUGAUUCAAAAAGUCAGUCGGAAACUACAGGAUCACCAACAAUUGAACCUUCUAAAACGGAUGAAAGCAAGAGUAAAGAACACUCAGAACUAUAAAUAAAUCGAAAUUCUAUGUUUAUUAUUUCAAGUAACAUAUUAUGCUGCACAUUCCAGAAAAAAUGUUAUCAGAAAUUAUUGGUUUAACCUUCAAAUUGUAUUUGUUUUUCUCGAUUAUUACAUUUUGAUGUUUAUAUGACAUCAUAUUAGAAUAUGAAUAAUAAUAUUCAUUGAAAGUCAUUGUUUAUUUUUUUUAUUAUUUAGUAGGCACAAAUUAAUGGGUGAUUGUUAAUUAUUUUUUUGAUGCGUGCAAACUGAAAUACAUUUUUACUAAAUUAAAACAUUACCUGGAAUAAUACAAUGAAAUGAUAAAUGUACACUUGUAAUUUUGCAUAGUUGUUAAACACGUUUUAAAUAGUGUAAAUAAAUAAUUUAAAUUACAUUAUAAUAA